AUAAUAUGAUUGUUCUUCAGAACGACAUUUCCCAGUAUUCUGAGAUUCUGGUAACUAAAUUGAACUCUCACAACGAGGUGAUGACAAAGUUGGAGGAAAGUGUGAAAGAGAGUGCAGACACCACAGCAGAACUUGGUUCAAAUCUGCAAAUCUUGAAGAGUAGUCUUGAGAGUUUGAGAGAGGAGCAGGAGAGAGAGCAGAACUUGCUUGCAGAGGCCCUGAAGCUGCUCAGCACCCUUGCCUCUGAGCAUUCAGCCAAACCCGGCCCUCAGAGAGUGAUGGACAGGAGCAUCCAGACCUUACCGGAACUGGAACAGUCGGCCUCCAGCAUCCUUCAGAACAAAGAGCUCGAAGGCACAGCACUCACGUGCACACCGGAAAACAACCUGGAACACAAACAGGCUGAAGCUCCCCCUCAGGAUCGCAGCUGCAGCAUUGGAAAGAGGAAAUCCAGAAGCCAAAGGAAGCGCACAAAGAAAGCACAGACACUCUCACAGAGGAGUAAACGCAAAGUCUCUGAGGAAAACAGUCCAUCUUUGAUAAACUGCAAGAAAGUGCAGAAUCUUUUAGCCCCCCGCAGUAAGCGCUGUGAUCUGAAGAGGAAAACCAGCCAGGACAACACAGAAUGUCUAUCAGUGCUCUGCCGGGAGACAAGGUCCAGUAAAGCUGCAGGGUGUCUCCUCACCCCCCUCAGCUGCUGGUCUCAGGACAGCAACAGCUCUGCGUGCCUGGCAGGAAUCAAACCCAUCUUAGAGAAGUCAGAUGAGACCAAGACAGCGAUCCCAGGGAAAGGCUUCUGGCAGUUGUUUGACAUAGACUGUAGUUCUGAUUUUGGCUUUUAGAGGAUGAGUUAAAGAUUCAUGGCAUUGUAGCGUUUGUGUUCCCAUUUCUGGAGACAAAAAAGUGAUUUAUUUGUAUACUAUUAUAUUUAUUAUUAUUGUGGCUGUGUUCAGUUAUUUAUGGAUUCUGAGUUUGAAGAAUGAAUUCAGUGAUACAUAAAUUUGUCUACUUACAAACACAAAUGUUGCA